CAAGACACUUCUUCCCAGACCAACUUCCACAAUGACUUUCCUGAAAGCACGCUGCCAUAGGACUUUUAGAGGUCUCCUCGCAUUUUAUCUGAUCUAUCUCGGCGGACUUUCGAUCGGCCGAAAUCUCAAGCCUUUGCAAGUGAACUCAGAGAAACCAGUGACCGAUUCGAUCCUACCUACACUUGGAGUCCGGCGAGAACCCAACCGGCGGCUUGGAACAAGCAUUCGGCUAGCAAGACACUUUGGGAAUCGGCUUGAUAAGCGCUCAUCGGAAGCGAUACCCGUUGUCGAAACGGCGGUAGAAGAUCUAUCUUUCGGUUCGGAGAUCAAGAAUCCAAUAGGCUUGAUCUACGAUCCAUUAGGUCUACAGGCCGAUUUACUGAACAAGAAAACACCUUCAUCGCCUGCUAUUUCCUCGGAACAGCCACUGCGGACCGGGCGAGGGGGCGACUCCUAUUCAUAUAGUUCACUUGAGUCGCCUAUUCUGUCCCACAAUUCUCAAUGGCAUGAAGCGCACAGAAAUCCAUCCUCCGCCUUGAGUCAACCUAGAACGUCCCACGCCGCCGAGGUCACAGCCACCAAAGUUGCUCUAUUCCAACCUCAAGAAGUCGGGUUUCGCCUCACAGAAUAUCUACCUGUCCCUGAUUGGGAAGCUCUUGGGCGUAGAUUUGAGGAUAUCACAGAGCGUUGGCACACCUUGAAUGUCGAGAUCGAAGAGGAUCGUCGAGCCCUUGGCUUCAUCCACGACGAUCCCUUCGCACCCGAAGUUCAUGAACUAGCACUGAGAAGCGCGGAAGAGCGAAAGGAAGAAGUUGAACGGAUAGCUCAGGCCCGAAGAAGCGCUCGUGCUCGCGUUUUGGCCACACGGUACAAAACAGUCCAAGAUAAGCUUACCAAGGCACUAAGCAGAACUCGAAGCUUGUGGACUCGGCUAAAAGCUUCAUGGCAACUUCAUUCACAUUCAACAAUGUUCCUCACCGCUCCCAAGAAUCCGGCUGUCGGUCUGGUUAAUCCAACGCUCAAAAUGAGUGUGUGGCUUUUUGUCUUCGAUGAUGCAAUGCAUAAAUUAAGGCGCAAUUUACCCUCGUUGAAAUCUGCACAUUAGCAGCGCUGUCUUCUACCGCUGGUCAACAUGAAAUGACUCAAUUCAUGUUGCAUCUCUCACUCCUAUGUAUCCAUUUGUAAAAGUGUAAUAGCAGCAUCAACACAUGUUUUCGAUAAGCGUCUCAGUCACCAUAAUCAAGCUUUAUCUUCGAAUUACUAUUUUAUUUAUAACUUCCUGUCAAAUGUCCCUGUCACACUCCUCGUCUGUAAGCUUCUGGCCCUAAUAUUUAUCACAUGUCGCGCAAAGGCCAGCUGAAACUUGGAAGAAUGCAAGUUGUUGAUAGUCUGUUUCGUGUAUUGGCAAAAGUGAUCUGAUGCUCAGGUUUCC